CGCACUCUCGACCUCCCGAUCACCAAGUGAACGCUCUUGCCACUCAGCCACCGCGUAUUUUUUUUUUUUUUGACGGAGAAAAGCUGAAUUUGUUCAAAGCACUUGAUACAAUUUCUUAGUGUUGUUUUAUCCAUAUAUCCGUAUAAAUCCUAUGAAAUGGCUCUCGUCGAUAUUUAGGAAAUUUUCUAUAUAAAUGGUUUAAAUAACAGCAGUGACAUUGGUUUAAAAGCUUAUCGACUUUUGUGCCCGUCAGCAUCGUUUUUGCGGCGGAUUCCUCAAAACUAUGAACUACACGUUGGAAGAGAGCACCACGCCAGAACGUGGGAAUCUGUUGGAGAUAUUUCUGCCGCCCCUCGGCUUAUUUUUGGGAGGGGCCCUAGUUCUAACUUUGCUGGCGAUCUAUACACAACGUAACAGCGUUUGUUUCCGCGCAAGACAACGAUGUGUCAGCCCCUCCGUGUCUCAGAUAAGUUUCAUGAGCCUGUUUUCAAGUUCAGGGGUCAACAACGUUCACGGUCAAUCCACUGUUACCGACUUUGGCGGACUUUACACCACAACUGACAGUGAAAUCUUGGAACAUCUACAAUGGUACCAAAACAAUCCGCGGUACUUAUACAAAAUAGGUCUACCGGCAGUGACGUCAUUGAUAUUUUGUCCAAUGAUAAUGAUUGCGUAUACUCCAAUCUCCAACUUUUUGUGGCCUAAUCGAACACAACCAACUAUCAAUGGAGCUAUCGCCUGCUUCUUGGCCCCUGCUGGUAUGGUGUAUGCGGUGUCGUUUGGUUUCGCUUUUCAGCAAGUGCUUCAAAAACAAAUCGACAUUACAACAAGACUGAACAACGAUUUUUCCGAAAUGGAACUUCUGAUAAAUUUGACAAAGAAAUUGGCAUGUUUGAAAUCAACCACCCGGAUGAAGAUGUAUCUUGCUUUGAAAGAAGAAAUAAUGACAGUGAUCCGAUAUAUAACACAGAUGCCUGUGUCUGAAAAGAACAGAGAGGGUGCGAUUUGGGACAUCGUGGACUACCUCCGCGAGAUCCCACUGCAGAGGCAAAACGUGGAUAGAGCAAUAGUCAACAAAAUUGUCAAGUAUGUGGGGAGUCUGAACAGCAUUGUGGAUAAAGUAGGCACCCUCCACUCUAGGAUACAUCCGUUACAAUGGGCGUUUCUGGAGAUUCUUGGUUACUCCUCGUUCCUUGGAAUUCAGAUGGUGAAGUGCGACUCCUACCGCCUUGAGAUGUGUAUGAGUUUUGUUACAUGUUUGUCGAUUUCUAUGUCCUGUUACAUCGUGGCAGACAUUGACAAUCCUUUCCACGGAUUUUUCAGAAUUGACCUUAAAAGUGUCUUAGCAAUUCUGGAAACAUUAGAGAAAUGCUAUCUUGACGAACUACAUAGUGAAAUACAGCAACAAAAUGCUACUGAAGAGAUAAUCUCUAGAAAGCAUUGAAUUUACAAUCGCUCAUUUGAUCAGAAGAUGAACUAAAAAUUUACCAUAUAUUUAUUGACUGUGUUGGGGAAUAUCAUCCCCUGCGAUUGAGAACCAAAACGAGGCUAAACUGAUUAAAACCGACUGAUGGCGGUAUAAACCUAAUGUCACUUACAUUUCCACCGUGGGGAUAUUGUUUGAGCUUAAUAUUGUUAAAAAUAUUUUAGUAAAUUUAUUUUCUUGACAUUAACUUUUACAAUAAAUGUA